CAACCCCAAGCAUUUUCCCACUUGGGCACUCGUCUUCUUCGUUUUCUUCUUCUUCUUCCGAUUUCAUUUCAAUACUGUUCCUAAGUUUGAACAUGAUCGCUGGUAUGCCCUGCAUUUAAGUAAACGAAUUGGCGGUUAUCGAAUACUAAAUAUAUGGGGAUCGAAGAUAUUGAUUCUUCUAAAUUUUCAAACACUAAGCCGCAGAGUCAAGGGCUUGACAAAGAAAUGGACAAAGAUGGCCAAAAUUUAAGGGAACUCCCAGUAGAAUCAAUGCGAGAGGAACUAAUACAGAUGGCUGUUAAGUUCUUAUCACAUCCAAGCGUUAGUGGUUCUCCGAUCACCCAACGACGAUCUUUUCUUCAGAAGAAAGGCCUUACCGAUCAGGAGAUAGAUGAGGCCUUUCACCGUGUUCCUGAUGCAACUAUCGGACAAGGUCAUACCUUGAAUCAAGAUGCACAUUCCAAGUUGGUAGCAGAAGUUCAGCUGCAACCUACAGCGCAAUCCUUGCAACCUCCACCAGUCGCUUCUAACAGUGUGAUUUCCAGGCCACCUAUUGCAUUGCCUUACCGAUUUUACUGGUCACAUUUUCUUGUUGCCCUUGGGGUUCUUGCUGCCUCAGGUGUUGGAACAGUUGUGUUCGUCAAGAAAUUUAUUUUGCCUAGCUUGAAGAUUUGGAUUCUUAAGGCUGUUUUUGAAGAACAUGAUAAUGGUACAAGAAAAUCAGAAGGCUUGCAUGAAGCAACAGAAGCUGCCAAGGUAGCUGCGACUGCUGCUUCUGAUGUGACAAAAACAAUUCAAGCUAUGUUGAACUCUAACAAUGAAGAGAAGAGUUACUUUAAGGCACUAGCAAAGCAUCUUGACAUCCAAGCAGCAGAGAUAAAGUCAAUGAGUAAUGCAAUUUGGAAAUUGGAAGGUGCAAGGGAGGCUGCUCUCUCAUCAAAGAAACAUCAAGCUCAGCAUGCAUCAAAGAAUGUGAGGCCUUCAUCAGCUCCUGCUUCAGUGAGACCUUAUGUUGUUCAGCAUCCAGAGUCCUUCUUUGAGAACACAGUACAAAGACAAGAAACCCCUCCCGGUAGAAAAGAAAUCAAUGGUUCACAUCCAAACGUCACUCAGCCUCUACCAAAUCCUUGGUUGGCUCCAAGAAAAAAGCCAUGGGAGGUUGCUAAAGCCCAAAACAACUCUCAAGUACACAAUGAAGGCUCCAAGAUGCAAGUUUCUGGGUUUGCUUCUCAAUUGAACGGUGACAAUUCAGUCCCAUGGUGGCGUGGUAAUGUCAAAGUUACAAAAUUAGGAAGUGACAAUGCAAUGCGAAAUUGGCCGCCGAAUAAUUCCAGAAUCACAGAAUUAAAACCUGAAAAUAGGUCUGUGACAAGCUCUUAUAAUAGAAUGCAUGACAAUUGAAGCCAUUAUUCAAGACGGAAUGAUUGAUGACAGUCGCAUGCAGAUAGUUGAAUGUCUAAAGCAUUGAGUUGCUCAAGUUCUUCAAAUACUGGAGCUAGUGGGACGGAGAAGUCCAAAUGAUAUACAAGAAGAUAGAAAAUGAUAAUAUCAUGGUCCUUGGCGACAUUUUUGGUCACUGUGUUUUUAAUGGACCAGCCUGUUUUGUAAUCAGAAAAUUCUAUUUGCCAAUUUAUUCUAGUUUUAGCAACAAUCCUUCCCCUCCCCUGUUAUUUUUGUAUACUGCCGAAAUUUAUUUAAUAAAUUACUAUUCGUCCAA